AUGGAUGAUGUUAAGGGUAGAGCUGUAACCUGCAAUUCUUCCGUACAAAGUGACGAGGAGAUGGACUUGGACCUGAGGAGAGGUCCUUGGACGGUGGAAGAAGACCUUACCCUUAUCAACUACGUUGCUCACCACGGUGAAGGUCGCUGGAACUCUCUCGCUCGUUGUGCAGGUCUGAACCGAACUGGAAAAAGCUGCAGAUUAAGAUGGCUGAACUAUCUACGCCCCGAUGUUCGACGUGGAAACAUCACCCUUGAAGAACAACUUCUGAUCCUCGAACUUCAUUCCCGAUGGGGAAAUCGGUAUAUAGAUAUUAUGGAAACUAAUUUUUUUCUAAUUAAUUACAGGUGGUCUAAAAUUGCUCAACAAUUGCCGGGAAGAACUGAUAAUGAGAUCAAGAACUACUGGAGAACCCGAGUGCAAAAGCAUGCGAAACAGCUCAAAUGUGACGUGAACAGCAAGCAAUUUAAGGACACCAUGCGUUAUCUUUGGAUGCCAAGGCUUGUAGAAAGAAUUCAGGCAGCUGCCACAGCUAAUGGAGUUUCCUCCUCCUCAUCCACCACCACCACAGCCGCCACCGCCACCAUCUCCACUACGAACACAAACUCCGACACCUAUCAUUACUACAACGAUAACAAUUACAACCACAACUACAACCAGAACCAAAAUAACUUUGAUAUUGGAUCAGGCGACGUGGUGUUGCCGCAUGCCAAUAUUGGUGGCUGCUUAGGAAGUGUCCCGGUAAACGGUAGCUUCACAUCGGAGAAUUGUAGCACGGUGGCCUCAUCGGACUCAGUUGGGACACAAGUUUCACCGGUUUCAGACCUGACGGACUGUUACAAUUAUCCAGUUAAGCAAGGCAAUAAUCAGGAUUAUUUCCCAGCAAAUCAGCUGUGCUACGGGGAAUCUUUAAUUAGUCCGAAUGUUUACUUUAAUCAAGGGUUGGACUUCCAAGCCACAGAGCAGAACAACCGGUGGAUGGAUGGUGGGGACCUGUCGGACAAUCUGUGGAAUGCCGAGGACAUUUGGUUCUUACAGCAGCAAUUCAACAACAAUGUUUGAAAAAAUGACAGCAAAUCAAGAGCAGAAAUUCAAUUUUAGAGAGAUCUUUGGGAGAGAGAGAGAUUAAAAUCUAAAUUUAGGAUACACAUAGAAAGUAGUGGGGAAGGACAGAUCGAAAUUGUGGAUGCAUAUGUUUGUACUUUGGUUUAUGUUUUCCUAUUUUUCUCUUGGGGAGGGGCAAAAAUUGUGAUUUGAAUUGUUUUUUUUCUUUUUGGAAAUCUCAUUCAU